AUGAUCCGCCAACCUGGAUUGCCACUACUACUCCCCCUGUCACUAUUUAUUCCCUCUCCCCUUCCCCCACCUUCUCAUUCUUCUGUCCGGCCCAUUCCUCCACUACCCAGCACGUCCGCGUCUCCACAUCACCUCUCCUCCCCAGCGGCUACGCUCCCCAGUGCUUCCUCCUCCCAACAGAAUCAACUACCUCCACCACCGGUUAAGCCUGCUCAUCGCCCCAUCACUCGCAGCCAGCACGGUAUUUUUCGACCCAAGAAACUGUUUCACUCACAAGCUGUUACUCUGCCUAUUGAGACUACCUCAGUCAAGCAAGCUCUUGCUGACCCAAGGUGUAAUGCGGCAAUGAGGGCCGAAAUACAAGCUCUGCUAGCUAAUCACUCAUGGACUCUUGUUCCCCGUCCUCUUGGUUUUAAUAUUGUUGGCUGCAGGUGGAUUUUUCGUAUCAAACAUCACCCCGAUGGUUCUAUUGAACGAUUUAAGGCCCGGUUGGUGGCUAAGGGGUUUUCUCAACGUCCGGGCAUAGACUUUCAUGAUACUUACAGCCCGAUUCUAAAUCCCGUCACCAUUCGCACCGUUUUUUCCAUUGCUUUAUCUCAUCACUGGCCGAUUUUGCAGUUCGACGUCAACAAUGUCUUUCUCCAAGGCUCUUUGCAAGAGACAGUUUAUAUGACCCAGCCCCCCGGUUUCCGUGAUCCGGCGCAUCCAGAUCAUGUUUGUUGUUUGUCCCGACCUAUCUAUUGCCUUCGACAGGCACCUCGUUCAUGGUAUCUUGCGCUCUCCGGGUUUCUUCAAGAAGAGGGAUUUGUCAAGUCCAAAUCAGAUGCCUCCUUGUUCAUUUAUCACAAGGGCACCGUCACAAUAUAUUUUCUGGUUUACGUCGACGAUCUUCUACUUACUGGCAAUGAUGCGCCUGCUCUUGCGCAUUUCUAG